AUGGUGAACGACCUGAAGGUCUCUGACGAUUCUGUUAAAUUCGUAGACGACACUACUUUAUGGGAAAUAAUUACGAGCGCCCAAUCGUCUGCUUCAGUCUUACCGGCACAAAUUAGUGAAUGCUCCAGUUGGGUGGCCAAAAACAAUAUGAAAUUGAAUCCCACUAAAACCAAGGAAAUUCGAGUAUGUUUUUCGACUUAUGAUACCGAAGCACUUCCUCCACUUACCAUUGAUGGCUGUAACAUUUCUGUCGUGUCACAGGCUCGGAUUAAUCAUCUCCGAAGACCUCAAGUGGGUUCUUCAUGUUGA